AUGGCCACCGCACUGCAGGUGUCAUUACCUUUGCCGGUUCUGCCGGAAGGCUGGUCUGCGGAGAAGGACUUCAAGGCCGCUGGCACGCUCUCAUCCGCAACCCAGCGCAUCGUAGAGCCCGUCGGGCCUCACUUCCUAGCUCACGCACGCAGAAAGCGGCAUAAGCGCACUUUCUCCGAGGACGAUCGUAUACAAGCUCAGGAGAAUGUCAAGAAAGUCGAGGACGAGGAUGCGGGGGACAUCAGCGAGCCGGAAGACCCUCUGAUGCUGCAACGUGAUGCUAAGGAUUGGAAGAACCAAGAUCACUAUGCUGUCCUAGGCCUUUCCAAGUACCGAUUCCGCGCCACCGAAGACCAGAUCAAGCGCGCCCACCGCAAGAAAGUACUGCGCCACCACCCCGACAAGAAAGCUGCGGCAGGCAGCACCGAGGACGAUUCGUUCUUCAAGUGCAUCCAGAAGGCUACGGAAGUCCUGCUCGACCCUGUUAAGCGCCGCCAGUUCGACUCUGUAGACGAGCACGCCGAUGUUGAACCACCGAGCAAGAAGCAGACCCAGAAAGGCAACUUUUACAAGCUGUGGGGACCCGUUUUCGAGGCUGAGGCUCGCUUCUCCAAGACGCAGCCUGUGCCCAAGCUCGGUAACGAGAAGAGCACGAAGGAGGAGGUUGAGGAGUUCUACAACUUCUGGUACAACUUCGAUAGCUGGAGGUCGUUCGAGUACCAGGACGAGGAUGUUCCGGAUGAUAACGAGAACCGUGACCAGAAGCGUCACGUGGAGCGGAAGAACCAAAACGCGCGCAAGAAGAAGAAGACCGAGGACACCGCCCGGCUAAGACACUUGGUCGACGACGCACUGUCGCUGGACGAGCGGAUCAAGAAAUUCAGGCAGCAGGAGCACGCUCAGAAAAACAAGAGGCGCAUAGAGAAGGAGGCUGAGACCAAGCGGCUGGCCGAAGAGGCUGCCAAGGCGAAGGAAGAGGAGGCUAAGCUGAAAGCGGAGAGGGAGGCAGCAGAGAAGGUGGAAAAGGCUGAGGGCAAGAAGGCGAAGGAGGCCGCAAAGAACGCUGCAAAGAAGAACAAGCGGGUCGUGAGAGGGAGCGCAAAAGACGCGAACUACUUCCAUGCUGGCGGUGACGCGCCGCCUUCGCAGAUUGAUGCAGUUCUCAAUGAUGUCGACCUGAUCAUUGCAAAGAUCGACAACGAGGAAUUGGCGCUACUGACGAGCAAGCUCAACGGCAAGAAGGACGCUGGCGAGAUCAAAGUCAUCUUUGCCGAGGAGGUUGCUAGGCUGGUUAGUGCUGGGACGCUGAAGGACGGAGAGGCAAAGUCGUUUGCCUAG